GCGCUUCGCAUUUGGCACGGCUAAAAGUGGCCCAUGACACCUCUCUUUCUUCUCUCUGGAAAAAUAUAGUAACUUUUAGAUGAGUUUGUUUUGGGGAAUUAUAUUUAGGUAAGAAAAAUUUGAGUUGGUAACGUUACAUUACAUCCGCACGUUCCGCACGUUCUCUGCUCUGCGUGGAUUUCGUUGGUUUCAAUUACCAUGGGCCGAGUAAUUCGUGCUCAGCGUAAAGGUGCGGGAUCUGUUUUCCGAUCCCACACUAAGAGGAGGAAAGGAGCACCAAAAUUGCGCUCCUUAGACUUUUCUGAGAGACAUGGAUAUAUUAAGGGUGUUGUUAAGGACAUCAUUCAUGAUCCUGGUCGUGGAGCACCAUUAGCAGUAGUCCAUUUCCGUGAUCCUUAUAAAUUUAAAACACGCAAAGAAUUAUUUAUUGCUCCAGAGGGCAUGUAUACAGGACAAUUUUUAUACUGUGGAAAAAAAGCCAAUCUUCAGAUUGGAAAUGUAAUGCCAGUUGGUACUAUGCCAGAAGGUACAAUUGUUUGUAAUUUGGAAGAAAAAACUGGUGACAGAGGCCGUUUAGCUCGGGCUUCAGGCAAUUAUGCUACAGUAAUUGCUCAUAAUCCAGACACAAAGAAAACCAGAGUUAAGUUGCCUUCUGGUGCAAAAAAAGUAAUUCCAUCUAAUAAUAGAGCUAUGGUUGGAAUUGUUGCUGGUGGUGGAAGAAUAGACAAACCUAUCCUCAAAGCUGGCCGAGCAUACCAUAAAUAUAAGGCAAAGAGGAACUGUUGGCCUAAGGUUCGUGGUGUUGCGAUGAACCCGGUGGAGCAUCCACACGGUGGUGGUAACCAUCAACAUAUCGGUAAAGCUUCCACUGUGAAGAGAGGAACUAGUGCUGGUCGCAAGAUUGGUUUAAUUGCUGCUCGUCGUACCGGAAGAAUUAGAGGAGGCAAAACCGACACAAAGAAAGACGAUUAAACUGAUAUUUCAUGUACAUAAUAAAAAGAUGCAAAAACAUUA